AUGGAAGUCAGUACAGAGAAAAAUUGCGACCCUACGAAGGGUGGCCACCAGUUGUACGUAUCGCCCCAAAAUGAGAACCUGGGCGAACUUUAUAGAUUAAUAAACACGCUGGUAGACACGUUGCAAGAGAACAAGGACGUUAAAAAUCGAAUUGUUAGUCGAAUUGAUAAUCUAGAUAGAGUAAUGCGACGCGGAAGCGAAGAAACUAACGGCAUGGAACUUGAACAUAGCACUAACGAUGAAGAUAAUAUGAUAUUCCAUAACUUCAUUAGCAGCAGAACAACAACGAGCAAGGAUGGUGAUAAAUACAGUGAUACAAAUGCGUUCCUAAAAUUAAAAGAACAUAACGGUAAAUUGAAACUCUUACUAAAAGAGAAACAAAAUGAGAACAAACAGCUGUUAGCACAGGACUUGCCUGAAAGUGAGAGUUUACUUGCAUAUAUCACCAGAUGUCUAAGAGACCACGUUGCUGCUUCCAAUAGUGAAAAAUUAGAAGCUAUUAAGGUAGCAGUGGGCAAGAUGCACUCUUCAUUAGAUAGCGAAAUGCAUCAAUAUAAGCAAAACGUCGACGGAAUUGAUGAGCUAAUGGAAAUAUCUAAAUGCUACAGAUAUCUUCUGCAAAACAGUAACAAACUAUAG